GCGAGGGACUGACUGACAGCUUGACAUCACGGUGGCUGGCAGUGGCACUUCGUGCGUCUGAAAGCACGGCUCUGAACUGACGUAUUAUUUUCCACCUGGGAGCGGACGAAAGUUGACAACUUUGAAAAUGCAGUCGGAAUCGGGAAUCGUGGCCGACUUUGAAGUCGAAGAUGAAUUUCACGAAGAGCCUAAAACGUAUUACGAGCUGAAGAGUCAGCCGCUGAAAAACAGUAAUCCCUCUGAGCAUCAGCAUGGCUCCUGUAAGCCCCCGCUGGGCUCGUCGGCCGUGACCUCGCGGAUCCUGCUCCGCCAGCAGCUGAUGCGCGAGCAGCUCCAAGAGCAGGAGCGACGAGAGCGGCAGAGACGGCAGAGCUCAGCGUACGCCACCCAGAGCCCCGCCAUCAACGUCAGCGCACCCCCCGGCCCGCCCAGUGCCACACAGGUGCCCAUGGAAGUGCUGAAGAUGGAUGAUGUCAUUGAUGACAUAAUAAGUUUGGAAUCCAGUUACAAUGAUGAUAUCAUGGGACUCUCCUUGGACCCCGGACUUCAGAUGGCCAACACGAUUCCUGUGUCAGCGAACCUCUUGGACCUGUACAGUAACCCAGGGAUGCCUCCUCCUGGACUCUCUAUUAGUAACUCGUGCCCUGCUAACCUGCCCAACAUUAAAAGGGAAUUCUCUGUUACUCCAUCCCCAGCGAUGAUGCACAUGAUGGACAAGCCCAGCUCCUGUAGCAACUUUGAGAACUAUCAAAGGCCUGAAGGGUUUCCUGCGGGGGCAGAAGUUCGCGCUCUCGCAAAGGAAAGGCAAAAAAAGGACAACCAUAACUUAAUUGAGAGGCGACGAAGAUUCAACAUUAACGAUCGAAUCAAAGAACUGGGGACUCUGAUUCCGAGAUCAAAUGACCCGGACAUGCGUUGGAACAAGGGCACUAUUCUUAAGGCCUCUGUGGAUUACAUCAGGAAACUUCAGAGAGAGCAGCAGCGCAGCAAAGAGCUGGAGAACCGUCAGAAGAAGCUGGAGCACGCCAACCGUCACCUGAUCCUCCGGAUACAGGAGUUGGAAAUGCAGGCUCGUGCUCAUGGUCUGGCCAUCGCCUCGUCUACACUCUGUCCAUCAGAUCUAGCAGCCCGGGGCAUAAAACAGGAGACGGUCCUGGGGGACUGCAGCCAGGACAUGUACCCUCACACGCACCCCUCUCGCCCUGGCAUGGGCCGCUCCAGCACCCUAGACCUUAACGACGGCACAAUCACCUUUAACGACUCUCAUGGUACAGGCUCUAGCACUUCUGCUGACGCAGGGGCUUAUGGUCUCGUUUCUAAGGCAAAUGUCGCUAAACUUGACGACAUCCUGAUGGACGACACAUUGUCGUCUGUAGCAACAAGCGACCCACUUCUCACCUCCGUCUCGCCUGGAGCCUCGAAUGACAGAAGCCGCAAGGACAGCGUGAACAUGGAGGAAAACGAGCAUGUUUGUUAGUACAGCGAAAACCUUCUUUUAGGGCCGCUGGUCGUUGCGUUUUAACAAUAACGCAACUGAUGCUUGGGAUCGCUAAAGAGGAAGCACGGCCUGUUUUGUCAAGUGCAAAGUAAUAUUAUUUUUUUAUGUUUACACUUUAUUUUAUUGUAUUUUAACCGUAUCCCACCUUUGUCUACCCAAAAUUCAUUGUGGUAUAAUAAUUCAGAUUAUGCAUAUCACAAUAAUCAAGGUCAGUAUCAUAAAAUGAUUGAUUUUUGUAACUUGGCAUAGGUAUAUCUAGAAUAUAAUUUAAUUUAAUCAACUUUGGGUUAAUAGAGUCGUGCAGGGAUGACGUCAAACCCAUAAGACCAAUAUGUCGCUGGUUCCCUUGAGAUUUUCCUUUAGGAUUUUAUAAUGGGGUUUUUCAAUUUAUAAGUAAAAUAAGGUAAACAUAACUUGAAGAUACUUUACUUAAAAAAAAAUUAAAAAAUUACAAACACCCAUACCGAAAAUGCAAAAUUUGAAGCAGUUAUGUUUAUUUUUGAAAACGAAUGUUUUUGACAAGUAACUAGAUAAGACAGUUUUUUUUCAAAAUGUGCAAGUAUUGUCAAGUUAUGUUUACCACAGACCUUAUUUUACUCCAAAAUGUACAAACCCCAUUGGAAAAUAUCAAGGGAAACAGCGGCAAAUUAGUUUUCUGGAUUCUGACGUCUUACCUGCACCAAUCUAUUUAAAAGUGCACCUGAAUGGUGAUUUUUUAUUUUUAUUUUAUUUUUUUUUUAGGUGUACAGUAAUGUUUGCGCACAGUUUAGAAACAUAAUUCUCUUUUAUAUAUACAUGUAUAUCCUUUUAAAGGAAUGAUUUAAGCAUAAUGCUUUCCUUUUAACUUAAGUAGAUAAUAGGCAACAGUUAAUAUCUAAUAUCAGCUGCCCAUAAACACAAACCCCCACGAGAUGCACUUGAAAAGAUUAAAAAGAAUAAUUGAAAAUUCUGUUAAGUACUCACUCUCAUGUUGUUCUAAACUAUGACGUAGGUUUUCUGUUGAAUAUAGAUAUUUUGAAGAAUCAUUAUUGUUUUUUUUUUAAGAAUGCAUAAUUACCAUGUCCAUUGUGCUCCAAAAAAGAAAUCCUAAAAUGAGUCCACGCCACUUUCACAAGUAUGUGAUAUCUGUGUGAGAGAAACAGAUUGAAAUUGAAGCUGAUUUAAAAAAAAAAAAAUCCUUUUGUGAUGCACACAAAUAACAGCAAACCGGUUUCUGACAACAUGAGUGUGAGUACAUUUUCCUUUUUCGGUUAAUUAUUCCUUUAGCGUAGCUGAAUAAAUCUAAACUAAAACAAACUAAUUCAUAAAUGUCAAACAAAAUUCUGUUGAAUGUCGUUCCAACUUUUUAAGCAGAUUAUCUAAAAAAAUGGCAUAUUCCAGAUGAAAACGCAUUCAACCACUAGAUGUCUAGACAAAGUGUGUUUGCUCUCAGGAUGAUCCCAAACUGCUGACCAUAAAUUAUUUCACUCAAUUAUUAAUCAAUGCCAAAUUUCUCUCAGUAUUAAUUUAUUCAUGUUUUAGAGAAUUUCACUUAGAUUUGUUAUAUUUAUCUUUCAUAAAUUUGUGAAAUAAUCUUUAAAUAAUACCAGUCUAUCUGAAGAAAUAGCAAGUUGGCGCAGGCGAAUGGGUCCUUAACUACACGGCACAAGCUGAUUGGUUCAUGUCACAACUGUAGCCAAUGAGCUUGCUGCUCAACAUUUAAAUAGUCGGUCAGUAUUUGCUGUGGCUCGCUUUCAAAGGUCCUCUGAAACCCUCCACCUUCCCCAGCUCCACCUGCAUAGAGCUGCUUGGUCUGUGUAUGUAUUGACAGUAGCGAGUCUUUGUACUUUCAGCAGCAGUGUUGCAGAUCUAUUCCACCGAGACCAAAUACAUUAACAUUGUCAUAUCCAUUGCCAUGCUAAAAACUCUUCAGAGGAUUGUCAUUCAUGUGUGGAGAGACAGUUUUCACACAGCGUUUCCAACUGAUUUUCAAAUGUCCUGUGAAAUGUGCCAAGCAAUAAGCAAUAUUCAGAUUUAACCCAGCAGUUUUCAAAACCGUUCAUCAAAUGCAGUGCCUAUAUAAUUAUAUAAUUAUGCAAACUGAUUUUAACACAAUGCAUCGCAUGAAAGAAUCCAUAAGAAUGUGAAGAAAUGUAUUAACACAUAUUUGAUGCCUAAGGGAAUAAUCAAGUAAUAUUUCAAACCUUCAGAUUCUAUUGCCCUUAAAAACUUUUUCAUUUUUAUCUAACAUUUUAUUGAUUGAAUUCUGUUUGAUUAUGCCAUUGCAACUAAAAUGCUCCAGGUUUUUUGUUAUAUAUAAAUAUAUAUAUAUAUAUAUGAUGUAUAUAUACGUAUAUAUAACAGAAUGAUCUGGGUUUUUUUAUGUUUUGUAUUGGCAAAAACACUGGAAGAAAGAUCAUACCUUAAAAAAGCAUUUUAUAUUUUGUUCUAACACUUGUUUGGGUUUUUUAAUUCUUGCACGGUGUAAAUGACUGACUAUGUUUGUGAUAAUAAGCUGUACUGUUACUGUAUAUUUUUACUUUAAAAGUGCUCAACUCAGAUGUACUGAUGUUUGCCUUUGAGUAGCAUCCAAUUUUGUGCCACUAUAAUGAUCAUGUAGAUGAAACUAGAAUGUGUUGUUUCAUAGAACUAUGCAAAGAUAACUUUCAGUUGAGAAAUCAACCAGUUUCAUGGAAAGAUGUUGUAAGAGUUUAGUGUAGGUAACAUAGUCAGAUCACUGUAAAGUGCCUUAUAUUACAAACCUGCAACUUAAAGCAAUAGUUCACACCAAAAAAAAUGAAUAUGUCAUCAUUUACACAUCGUCAUGUCAUUCCAAACCUGUUUGACCUAUAAACAAAAAGAGAUGUUUAGUAGAGAUUUCACGCUGCUCUUUUCCGCACAGUGAAAGCCAAUGGGGACUGGGAUUGUUAUUGUUUCCAAAAAGGACAAUUAAACCUAAAUGUGUUUUUGGAGCACAGACUGUAAAAAAAGAUGGAUGACGUGUCUCCACUUCCUCCCACUGCAGAAAAAUGAAGCCAACAUAUCCUAGAACUAGCCGAUUUCGCCAUUCGUAACAUUUGGGUGUACGCCAGCGUUAUGAAAACUUCCUAAAAUGACAGAAACCAUCUUUGGAAAAAAUAUUAAAUUUAAAGUGUAAUUGUCCCGUUCGAUUUCAUGGAGAGUGCGGGAUUUACGACCUGUACUGCAGAGAGCCACCAGGGGGCGAUCAAAAUGCUUUAGCUUCACUUUUCUAGAGAUGUGUGGAACACUUGAUUUGGAGCAACAUGAGAGUAAGGAAAUGAUUUUCAUUUUUGUGUGAACUAUCCCUUUAAAUGAAGCGUUCUCUUCUAUUUAUGUGAUUUUAGACUUAGUCUUAAACUGUGGAACCCAGCGAUCUCUUAGUAGGGUACAUUUAAACUCGGGUUCGACUCGAGACUUGAUCUGUUUUGUAUUCUGGCUUAAACCUGUGGUGUCUUGAAGCACUACAAAACUUUCAAGAAUAGUGUAUAAUGUAAACUCCUUUGCUUACUAGACAAACUACUGAAAGUUGUCCUCUGAAUGUAAUGUUACACAGUGUUGACUACUAAAACGUUGCCAAAUUGCAAGUGAAGUCUAAAUAUGCAGUGAAACUGUUACGUAUCUCAGUGUGGUUUUAUAGCAAAACUGGCUGUUGCAAUUUUUUUUCUCAGCAAUAAUUCAGACAAUCAGGUAACAGGUAAAGCACAAGGCAAGGCCUGUAUGAAUGCAGUGACGUCAAUGAAAGGUGCCUUUAAAACAGGCUUCCAUUGAACUCCAACCAAACAUCUUUUAAUAACAAAUACAGAUUGCUACAGAUAGAGUCUGUCUUUUAUAAAAGUGUCUUGGCUCUAGUUAAAGACGUUUUUGUUUUGUUAAUAUACUUUUGUAUGAUAUUGUUUAAGCUUAACCAAACAUUAUUUAAGAAAGGACUUACAAUAGCGUGAGAUGUAGAUUUUUGGUUGAAUAUGUGAAGCGUUUAUUUCUUAUGAAUUCAAUACUGGAAGACGGCCCACCUGUUGGGAAAGUCACCUUUCACUCAAACUGUUGUUUUGAAACGUGAAACUUCUAC